UUCCAAUAGUAUUGGAAUAUACAGUAUACUUUAUUAUCACAAUUGAAAUUGUUUGUAACCACAAGUACUCCAAAAACAACUAUACAACUACUUUUAAAGAAAUCAGAUCAGUCUUCAAACACCUCAUACACACUACUCACAGUAUCAAUCCAUCUCUAACCUUUCCACCAUUAAAUUUGAGCUUAAUUAAACUACAAUGUCUCAACCUCAACCCACUGACCACCACGACCUCUUACCUCUGCUCUUAGUCCUCGGAUCUCCCACGGUUUCCGUUAUUUUCGGAGAUCGUUUCGCCCAAAGAUUUCGAAUCCUGAAACACUCCGAUUCAUCUCUCCCUUUCGACCAGUUCCUCGCCUCGCCUCCGGUGCGAUCGGCGACCGCCAUACUCUGCGCCGGGGGGAUUCAGAUCUCCGCUGAUUUACUCAGCCAGCUGCCAUCGGUAAGGCUCGUCGUCACGGCCAGCGCCGGAGUUAACCACAUCGACGUUCCCGAGUGCCGACGCCGGGGAAUUGCCGUGACCAAUGCUGGUGAUUCGUUGACUGAGGAUGUGGCGGAUAUGGCGGUUGGGUUGUUGAUUGAUGUUCUUAGGAAGAUGUCGGCUGCUGAUCGGUAUGUGAGGGGAGGGAAUUGGGUUGCUCAUGGGAAUUUUCCACUGGCUCACAAGUUGGGAGGUAAGCGGGUUGGAAUUGUUGGAAUGGGAAGGAUCGGGAGUGAAGUUGCGAAGAGACUGGAAGCCUUUGGGUGUAAGAUUUCAUAUAACUCAAGGACCAAGAAAGACUCCGUUUCUUAUCGUUUCUACAACAAUAUUUGUGAGCUUGCUAAUGAUAAUGAAGUCUUAAUAAUAUGUUGUAGUUUGAAUAACCAAACACGGCACAUGAUCGACAGAACAGUAAUGUGUGCAUUGGGAAAAGAUGGAGUGAUAAUCAACGUGGGGCGUGGGGAAAUCAUAAAGGAGAAGGAAUUGGUUGAGUGUUUGGUGGGAGGAGAGAUUGGAGGAGCUGGUUUGGAUGUGUUUGAGGAUGAACCAAAUGUUCCUCAGGAAUUGAUUGGAUUGGACAAUGUGGUUCUCUCUCCACAUUGGGGCGUUUUCACUCUCGAAUCUUUUGAGGCUCUGUUUCAAGUUACUGUUGGUAAUUUAGAUGCCUUCUUUUCCAACAACCCUUUGCAUUUUCAGGUUCUCCAAAAUUAAUAUCAAGGCUAUAAAAAACAAGUUAUUAAAAUGUGAACAAAUAUUGAUUUGUUUUUUGAAACGUAUGGUGUGGUAACCUAUAUAAUGUUGAAAAGUAUUUAUUGUUGGCUGAUCUCUUUAA